UAUGGAACAGUUCAAUCCUGGGCUACGAAAUUUAAUAAACCUAGGAAAAAAUUACGAAAAAGCUGUUAAUGCUAUGGUCCUUGCGGGAAAAGCCUACUACGACGGAGUGGCCAAGAUUGGUGAGAUUGCCACCGGGUCCCCUGUGUCAACAGAGCUGGGCCAUGUUCUCAUAGAGAUUUCAAGUACCCACAAGAAACUCAAUGAGAGUCUUGAUGAAAACUUCAAAAAAUUCCAUAAAGAGAUUAUACAUGAGCUGGAGAAGAAGACAGAACUUGAUGUAAAAUACAUGAAUGCAACUCUCAAAAGAUACCAAACGGAACACAAAAGUAAAUUAGAUUCUCUGGAGAAAUCUCAAGCUGAGUUGAAGAAAAUCAGAAGGAAAAGUCAAGGAGGACGAAAUGCACUCAAAUACGAACACAAAGAAAUUGAGUAUGUAGAAACUGUUACGUCUCGCCAGAGCGAAAUCCAGAAAUUUAUUGCAGAUGGUUGCAAAGAAGCUCUACUUGAAGAGAAAAGGCGCUUCUGCUUUCUGGUCGACAAACACUGUAGCUUUGCAAAUCACUUACAUUAUUAUCAUUUACAGUCUGCAGAAUUACUCAAUUCCAAGCUGCCCCGGUGGCAGGAAACGUGUGGUGACGCUACCAAAGUGCCCGAGAAGAUCAUGAAUAUGAUCGAGGAAAUAAGGACCCCAAGCUCUACCCCCGUGUCCGGGACGCCCCAGCCCUCACCGAUGAUUGAGAGAAGCAGCAUGGUGCCCCCAGCUCCUUCAGCCAGAGCGUAUACUAGUCCUUUGAUUGAUAUGUUUAAUAACCCAGCAACAGUUGGACAGAAUUCAGAAAGGCUAAAGAAUUCAACAGAUUCUUCAGAUGAUCCCAGUUUACCGCGAUCAGUCUCUGUUGCAACUGGACUGAACAUGAUGAAGAAGCAGAAAGUAAAAACCAUUUUCCCACACACUGCUGGUGCAAACCAGACUUUGCUCAGCUUCGCGCAGGGAGACAUCCUCACACUGCUCAUCCCUGAGGAGAAGGACGGCUGGCUUUAUGGAGAGCAUGACACCACCAAAGUGAGGGGCUGGUUCCCAGCAUCCUACACAAAGUUGCUGGAAGAAGAUGCAAAGGAGGCCAUGAGUGUGCCCACACCAAGCCUGGCCCCAGUGAGAAGCAUCAGCACGGUGAACUUAUCUGAGAAAAGCAAUGUCGUCAUUCCCCCACCGGAUUACUUGGAAUGUUUGUCCCAGGGAGCGGCUGCAGAUAAGAAAGCAGAUGUUUCCAAAAAUACUUCUACCUUUAAAGCACCGGUGUCCCAGCCAGAAGCUAUAUCUCCUAAUGAUGCAAAUGGGACAGCAAAGCCUCCUUUCCUCAGCGGAGAGAACCCCUUCGCUACCGUGAAACUCCGACCGACGGUGACAAACGAUCGCUCAGCGCCCAUCAUCCGAUGAAGGGCAGCUCCAGUUCCUCCGUUAAGUUCUCACUUGCAAAAUGAUACAAGUUGUUCGACGUGCUGUAACUGUUGUAAAGCUUCGCCAAGGGUGCCUGAUUUUAAUUGUAUUCUACUUGAGCAAAUCAAUGCAUUCUCUCAAUUUAA